AUGCCUUCACUUGGGCCUCUUCCUAGUCCAUUGCCAUUCACAGAACCGUUUGUUGGAAGUCUAAAGAAAGCAGCACCCUUCAACCACCAAGAUGACCCGAACUGGUAUGCCCACGACCCGCAAUGCCUCAUCUCCGAGUCUGCCGUCAACUCCUUCGUGACCGGAACUGGAGAUGCCAUUUAUCGGUCGCUUGCACCGCUGCUGGAAGCGACAAACCAUGAGCUCAUCCUGGUUACCUGUUUCUGGGCCCGCUCUUCCAGCCUCGACUCACUCAAUGCGCUCCUGCGGAAGCUUUCCGAAAAAGCCAUCUCGCGUGGCACGGGAAAAAUAAAAGUUCGAUUAUGUUUUUCCUCGUCGUCACUCUUCCAGAAACUGUUUCAUACGCAGUCGACACAGGGCCAAACCUAUCCUUCCAGUUCAUGGACGAAACAAUUUGGCCUGCCAGAACCAAGCGAACUCGAAGGUCUCGAUCUCCGGAUCAGCUCCAUAUUCAUCCUUCCUUUCAGCGUCAUGCAUCCCAAAUUCAUCCUUAUCGAUCGCCGAAGCGUCGUCCUGCCUUCCUGCAACAUCAGCUGGGAGGAGUGGUUCGAAGGAGCCAUUACAUUCUCUGGGCCCAUCGUCGAGAACUUUUUCCAGUUCUACAAGAGAUUCUGGUGUCGGAUGGACGUACAAAGCCUCCCCACGUCAACAAUACAUUCCGACUACCCCAGUCCUCAGCAUGUCAACACCGCAGCUCCGCAAGACCUGCGCGACAUUGUACCCCACGGCCACACCAUCACACCCAUCUCUACCACCUCUUCCACCAUCCCUACCAUCUUCCUUCCCUCCCCCCACAGACGGAACCCAAACUUCCAUCCCUUCGCCUCCUCCUCCGCUAUUUCUGCCCCUCCAACACCACUCAACGUCUUCGUCCUCAAUCUGCUCGCCCAAGCAGCGCGAACAAUACGUAUACAGUCGCCAAAUCUCACCUCACCGCCCGUGCUCUCCGCCAUCCUAAAAUCGCUCGGACGCGGCGUAGAUGUGCAGAUCCUGACGUCUGAGCGCCUCAUGAUACUAGAGCAGCUCGUCACCGCCGGCACCACGACAUCCCGCUGCGUCAAGACACUAAUCAAACGGUACAAGAAGCUCGCGCGGGCGGAAGCCGCUCAUUUAGCCACGGAUGAGGAAGCUGCGCUCUCAGCUCCGCGGAUGGGCGUCUUGAAGAUAUUGUACUUCGAGCCUCUGCAUGGGAGCAAGCCGCGCGGGAAAGAAGAGGGCGAGCCGCAGCAGAGCCAUCUCAAGAUGAUGAUUGUAGAUGGCGAGGUCGUGGUCCUGGGGUCGGGCAAUCUCGAUCGUGCGAGCUGGUUCACGAGCCAGGAGCUGGGCGUUGCGUUCUUUGACAAGGGACUUGUUGGACAGGUGGAAGAGGCAGUGGACCGGGGGAUGAAGGGGAGGGCGAAGCUGGUGUUUGAUGGGUCGAGGCUUGUUGAAAGGCCAAAACAGUGGACUUGCAUGGCUACGUCACGCAAUCGAAGCAGCUAA